AAUGGUCAUUCGAAGAAAAAUCGACCAAAAAAUUACGAAAAUGUCAUCCUAUAAUCAAUUCCCCCAAAUUAUUGCUUAAUUGACUUAAUAGUUGGUGGAGAAAAGGAUCCAUAGACUAGACCAUCAGUGGAGAAUAGUCUCGGGCAUAAUUCGUGAUCCGUAGCUGAUAGCAUCGUAUUUGCACGUGUUUUCACUCAGAUUUCUUGUCCAUUUUGGCUCGAAUUGAUUGUUGCUUGGCCUAUUUUACGCUAGGUUGUGUUGUUUUGCCAUAUUUCAGGUCCUAGCAAGUACAGUGGGGCAUAGGCGCAAGUUUCAGGUCAUUCGGAGGUCAGAUGGCGAAUCACAGAGCGAAUUACGGGCAGCCCCUGCCAAAUUACGACCGUAAUUGGUCAGGGCAUGCCCGUAAAACAAUUGCCGAGCCUUUUCCCCAGAAUUUCCUCUCGGUGAUAAAAUUACGGGCAUGACUUCCAAGAAUUACGACCGUAAUUCCCAAAUUACUGGCGGUAAUUGUGAAAUUACGGGCGUAUCUUCUCCUCCUUCAGCUUAAUUGAAACGUGUGUUUUGGGGCGAAUUACGGGCAGGACGUGAUUACGGCCGUAAUUCAGCCCGUAAUUCGCCCAGAGUCGGGUUUUUGAGGCCAGAAUCGAGCCAAGGAAGGGGAGAUCGAAUUUCUUGAGCAAAAACAGAGCUUUAGAGAGAGAAAGUGCGAAGAACUCACCCUAGAAGCCAUCUUGGAGCUGGAAUUCAUCAAUUCAAGCUUGGAGAUCGUCCUAGGAGUGGAAAUCAUCAUCCCGGAGCAGAUUUUCCUCAUCAUUAUGAGUAUGACUGCUCCGAUUACUGUUUUCUUUUCUCUCUCUAUGGAGUAGAACCUCUCUCUCACUUGGGGAUGAAGAACCCUAGUUCUAUGUGUUAGGGGAUUGAUUGUAAUGACUUGGGAUGAUAUUACUGUUUGAUUUUAAUCGAAUGAUGCAUGUUUAUUGAGUCAAUUGAAGUCUGAUCAACUUUUCCUGAUUCCUGCUGCAAUCUGAGAUAGAUAGAAUCUGAUUAGGUUGCUAGAGUCUCAUCAUUCGAUAGUAGGAGACUGGUUAUACGAGAGUUAGCCAGUUUACUGCUUUGUACUGGAAUCUAAUUCCAGUAGUGAAUUUCUGUUCUUACUGCUUCAGCUUUCUAUCCCGGUGAAGACUAGUCGUCUGCCGGGUAGUUAGACUGAGAGGGCUUGGUCAGCUUAAGAGAUUCCAAGCUACUGUCGGAUCUUCCGCAGUUUAAUCAACAGUAAAUCAACCCAGGGUAAAUUGCAAUUGAAACCUAACUAAAGAGCUAGGGGGAUUCAUUCCCGAGUGACUCUUUCCUGCUUAAGAAAACCGAUUAAUUUCCUGCUUUAUUUCUGCUUUCAGUUUAAACAACAAUCACUUACUCUAGUUGGCUAGAUAACAGAGAAUCACUGAGUAAGCAGUAGAUCUAGAGCCCGGGUUGAUAAUAUAACUUGCCUGUUACUGCAUUCCCGGUCUGCGAUUACACUUGGUCGCAGAUUGGUGUUGUGUUUUGGCUUGUCAAGUUUUUGGCGCCGUUGCCGGGGACUUUCUAGAUUAUUAGGAAAGGCAGAAGUUUGUUACUUUAGCGUUUUUCGUUUCUUUUCUUUUCCACCCUUGCUUUUCACUUGGGUGUUUUUGUUUUUGUUGGUGCAGAUCUGAAUCAUGGAUCCUCAUGGCUUCUCCAAUCAUUGGGGGUAUCCACCACCAUCUGGGUGGUAUUACCCCGAGACUCCCUACAGCAAUCAAGGAGGAGAAGACUAUGGAUUCGGGUUCCAGUACCAACCCCCUUACUACGGAGAACAACCAGACCCCUGGACAUAUCAAGAACAAUCUCCUUAUCAAGAAGAAUUCCUCCCACAACAAGAAGGGCCAUCGGAUCUGGAGUUACCCAUGGCGGCCUUCACGGGCCAUUCUGCAGAGCCAUGCUACACUCCACAGCCAGAUCCAAACUAUGAAUUGAGGCUUCUCGUGGAGCAGAUUGCUCGAGUACCUGAGAGAUCUUUUCCCGAGAUGGAUCCUCAUAUCCAGGCCAUUGCCCAAACUGACUUUUCCUUCCCCCGUGAAACAGAGGAUACCAUCCGGAGCAUAAAGAAGCACCUAGAGGUCAUUGAGAAAGCUUGUUCACAGUUUUCUCAAGACAACCUUUAUGCUGCCAUACAAGUAGAGGAGGAGGAAGAAAAAGGCAAUCAUGAGGAUGUUGAGGAGCAUACAGAAGUUGUCACAGAAAGCUCCCAUGAUAAUCAUGAUCAAGUGUAUCCUCUGGUGGUAGAUCAUAACUUUCACCAUUUCCACUCUGACAUGCUGGGCUCGAGUGAGGAGAUGCAAGCUGACCUUAUCGAGAACCUUGCAUGGAGACUUGCUCUCCAAUUCGUGCUGGAAGAAGAAGAGCAAGAAAGGGUGCAGAAAGAAGUUGUGGAGGAUGACAAAAGUGAAGCAGAAGGAGUUCUUGAUCUUUUCUCAGGGGUGAUACCACAUGAAGAAGAAAGGGGGGUUGAAAAAGCAAUUGGCGUCCAGGCUGAGGACGGAGUUGAGGUGGAAGAGGCCUGCACCGGCCAUGAGUUACAUUUGAUAUCUCCACCAAACUUCGAGGAACUACUUAGCAAGGACCCAUUUGCAGUGUCUCUUUGCCAAACCAAGGCCACAUCGACAUCGGUCCCUCUUGGUGGACGCGAUGGUGGCCAAUCGAUGCUGUCAUAUCUGGUUUGGGGCAAUGAGACGAGAGAAGAGAAGAAGAGGUCUCUAGGGUGGAGACUUCAUCUGCAUCAAGUACAUGAGCCUUCCUCACCUGCCACACCACAUGCUCGUGACUUGAGACUCCACCUCAUCGACGAGAACCUCAACUUCAAGGAGGUUCUCUCAUGGACCGAAACUUAGGAGCCAUCGUCCGGCUCACGACGUGAAAGAAGCGCUUGUUGGGAGGCAACCCAACCAGUCGGUUUGCAUUUCUUUCUCUAUUUCUCCUCGGUUGAGUCAGUUUUGUUAUUUGAUUUUAGAGUCAAUAACUCAACCUUUGUGAGAUUUUGUGUGGUGUUUGUGUUCUGAUUACUCUCUCUUUCUGGAAUGCACCGCCUGACCCGUUCAUCAUCAUUCACCCUUGAUCUGGUAACUUCGUUCUACCCUCCUUAUCUUUCCUCCAUUGAGGACAAUGUCGUGCUUAAGUGUGGGGGGAUGUUCGAUUAUGUAUGCGGAUGAAUGUUUGGCUGUUUGUGUGCUUGGAGCCUAGUCCACUGUCCAAAUUUUUAAAUUUGAGGGCUCCAAGUACGUGUUUCCUUGCAAGUGCCUGCUCAGUAUGCUUUGAAUUGACAGUCUUUACAGUAAUAUGCAACCUAGGGAGGUAGUGUAGCACUAUGGAGGAUGUUGAUGCAUUUAAGAAGUUUCAUUUCUUCUUCAUAUUGAGUUGGUUGAUUGAGUGAAUUAGUGAUCUUAGGACCCUUGAACUGUGUGGUGUUGUGGAUUCUCUACCUGUCAUGGACUCUUGUAUCAUGUUUUGAGUUUAACAGGUGCUCGAAAUUGUGCUUCAAAAUAACGUCUCCCGUGCGAAUAGGGCGAAAGUGUGUAAGGGGAGACGGGAAUCCGUUCCCAAUUUCCACCUACUACCUCCAGCCCCCUUACAUGUCUUUCCCCCGCACGAGGCUCGAGACAUCCGCUCCUGGCAUGGCCGGUAAGAGCAGGUUGGGACCCUUGAAAAGAAAAGAAAAAUAACAGAAAACAAGCAAAACAGAAAAAAAGGGGUUCCAACCAUCUUCAAGAAGAAAAUAGAGCACCUUGAAAAAUGUGAGUCCAUGAUCCUUUGUUUUUGAGAAUCUCUUCAUCCACAAUCCAUUUGUCCUCUGUUCACUAUUUGCCAUGAUGCCGACUCGCCGAAGAAGUUAUGAGAUGACUUGUGCGUCGGUUGACCUCGUAAGUUGCUAAAUGAUCUAGGAAGUCCUCUACCUAAGAUCUGGGUUGUUUGUUGCUAUAGAGGUCUGGAGAGUUGCAUUGGUUUGAGUUAGGUUUGCUUGGGGACAAGCAAACAGUUAAGUGUGGGGGGAUUUGAUGACUCGGUAUUUGCACAUGUUUUCCCCUUUGUUUCUUGAUUGUUUGAGCUUGAAUUAUUGCGUCUUUGGCCUAUUUUAUGCUAGGUUGUGUUCCUUUGUCCCAUUUCAGGUCCUAGCACAUAAAGUGAAGCAUAGGCGCAAGUUUCAAGUCAAUCAGAGAUCAAUUGACGAUUCGAGAGAAGAAACUCGGGCAUGACCUGAAGAAGAAUGGAUUUCUACCUCACUUUAUGGACAAAGAAUCAUGCAAGCUUGUUAUGAAACGAAAGAGGACGAGACUACGAGCGUCUGGGAUCAAACGGCGAUUGAUUCGGAGUCCGGACGAGGGAGAAACGAAGCAUUAAACAGAGGCUGAGCAA